AUGAAGCUCCUCGUCGUCGUCGCCGCGAUUACUUCGCUCGUCCUCGGAGCCCCCAAAGAUCCUUACCCAGCUCCCUGUGGACGAUCUGAUCCGUCCGGUAUAUGCACAACGAAGCCGACCUGCAAUAAGAAGGGGGGUUUCUACGUUCAGAGAGAUUGCACGUUCUACAACGUCCUGGACAUCGGAUGCUGCUAUGACAUCCCCGAGAAGAAGCAGUAG